AUGGCCGCCAACGAGGAGCAGUCAACAUCCCUUUUCUCGACCCUGUCGUCAUUCUUCCUUCCGACCGCCUACGCCGAGGAGGAGCAGAAGGAGGAGGCUGCUGAGGACACCCCCGCCGAGGAGCCCGAGCAGGAGUCGGCCGACGACGAGGAGGAGGAAGAGGAGGAGGAGGAGGAGGACCCCGAGGACGCUCCCCCUAUCCGCGAGAAGUGCGAGCAGACCGAGUGCCAGGCUGCUGCGAAGCACUUCCAGGCUUGCCAGCAGAAGGUCGAGGCUGGUCAGGGCUGGGAGGGCGAGGACUGUGUCGAGGAGAUGUUCCACAUGAUGCACUGUGUCGACACAUUCGCCUGUUUAGCCAGUGCACGAGUCACCAUGAGUUCGCAGGAGCUCAUCCUAUCCUCCAGUGCGGCAGCAGGCGCAUCGAUACCGGCAACGCGAACACAAACGACCCCCGCGAUCCAACUUCACGAUCUGGCUACAUCGAGCCAUGUUCAGGCAUUCAAGACCAUCACUUGUGCUCCGAACACACUGACUUGGUGCCAAAGUCAUGACAGUCUCGGAGCAACACCUGAAGCUUCAUCUCCCGGAAAAGUUGUCGUGCGUCGCCCUGUCGCCGAAUGGCGUCUGGCUUGCUGCCGGAUCCCCGAAUGGCCAGAUUUAUCUCUGGGAGCGUCGGGUCUAAUGCUGGCAUCCUGGAACGCGCACUACCGGUCCGUCACGACACUGUCGUUUACCAGCGACUCUGCUCUGCUGCUCUCCUCUUCCGCGGACGCCUCUGUUCACAUCUUCUUGGUUUCGCGGCUCAUUGACUGCGACGCGUCAUCUCCUGUUGGUAAACCUUACGGCUCGCUAAGUGACCAUACUCUUGGCGUUUCGGCAGUCGCUAUUGGUAAAGCAACCGUCGACGGCAGUGGUCGCUGCUGGACUGCCUCAGAAGAUGGAACAGUCAAGGCUCCUUUCGACCUCCUGGCGACUUUUGUCCUGCCUCCCUCCGUCUCGAUAAGCUCUCUCGUGGUCGAUUCUGCAGAGCGAUUUGUCUACGUCGGUUCAAAGCAAGGCGAUGUGUAUCUCAUCCCGCUCUACAACAGACCAUCGCAGACAGGACUGGUCGAAGCAGUGAAUGGGCAUGGGCCUGCUGCACCUCCUGUCAAGAUCGAAAACGCUUGCAUUAGCGUCGGCACGCCCAUCACGUGCCUCGCGCUCUCCUUCUCGGCCUCCCAACUUCUUAUCGGUACAUCGGCAGGAGACAUCCACGUUCAUGCCUUGCCCUCGCACCAACAGGUGCGGAGCAUUCCCGCGCACGCUGGGCCGGUGUCCUAUCUGUCAACGGUGAGCUCCCCGCCUGAUCUCGUGGGCCGGGCGGGAGGUGCCGGUGAUUGGCCAAUCAUGGAGAUCAAGAACUUGGAGCGUAUGAGGGUAACAAAGUCUGCUCGAGAGUCGCAAGAGGUGUCGAUUCUGGCUCAGCCGGAGGCUCGAGAACGCUUGUCUUUGCUCCGUGGCGCAGCAGGGUUGGAGCGAGCGUCGGCGAUGGCGACUGUUGGGGAGUCUGUGAGGGAGGACGAUACAGCGGCUUUGCGAGAGGAAAUCCGUAGGCUGCAGGGUGCUCUCGAUAAGGCCGCCAGAAUCAAUGAGAAGAUGUGGAAACGGAGUCGUUGA